AUGGGCGGUUGGCUAACGAAUCAAUUUUAUAUUUCAUAUUUUAUUCAUCACAUAAUAAAGGGCUACAGAAAGAAAUCUGUUCCAAAGAAAAAAGCCCGGGCUUUUUACUUGUUACGAGCUUUUCAGGAAAAGGUCAAGUGGCUACCGUUUUGGACUACGUACAGUGAGCAAACCAAAGGUCAAUGGCUUAUGUUCAAGUUCAUACCGAAUGUACCUGUUGCGAAGGGAAAGGAUGAAAGCCGCGAGCAAGACGACAAAGAAAGGCAAACGUUAAACAAGUAUCAUAGUACCGCUGGACAAGUAAGAAUGUCUUUCCAGAGACAAUACUGUGACAUAACAAGGAAGGAUAUCCCGUCGUCGGCGCGCGCCGCAGGAGACGGCGGCGGGAGCGGGGACACAGUGGGGGGAUGGGGUAGGAUAGCCGGGAGCUCUGUGAGCGGUGUGCCGGUGCAGCCGAUCGAUAGCAGACUCCGCCACGCGUCUGCAGCCACACCACCGCGAUCGCUGUUACCGAAAUACGCUAUUACAAUAUCGAAACAAUUUUGGACUAACGAGAUGUACCUACUGCUGACACACAAUGUGAAAUUUCGAAAAAAAGUACUGUCCAUGCUUUUAAAAAAAACCUAA